AUGUCGUCGAGCCAUGCAUCAGAGCAGUCCAGUGAGAAGCGACCAAUAAGCUCUCAUAAAGUCAUUUUCCUUGGUAUAGAUUUUGUGGCGAAAGUGAUCACACUUGACGAUGGUCGGAUGAUCAAAUUGCAGUUGUGGGAUACGGCUGGACAGGAGAGGUUCAGAUCUCUGAUACCUGCUUACCUGCGAGAUACUGCGGCAUGUGUCGUGGUGUUCGAUCUGAGCUCGAAAGAAUCUUUCAAUUCUGUUAGAAGCUGGGUUGACCAAGUACGCGAUGAGAAAGGUACAAAUGGAGGGGUGGAAAUAGUGUUGGUCGGUAAUAAGGCGGACAUGGCAGAUUUACGACAGGUUUCCAAUGAAGAGGCAAAUGCCUUGGCGGAAGAGCUCGGCUUGAAGUAUUUUGAAACUAGUGCUAAAAGUGGCAUUGAUAUCGAUGAAAUUUUCACCGAGAUUGCCAAAUCGAUACCAGAAGAGGACCCAGUACUUGGAGGAUCGAACACUAUCAGAGUUACUAGCGGUGAUGAGCUCAGCAAUGCGGCUGCUAAAAGUCAAUCAUGCGGUUGUUGA